AUAAUAAGUGUCCGAUCGGAGGUAGAGAGAGAUUAACACUCGUCAUUGCCGUAUCAUAAUAAUACACGCCAAAUGUUUCAUAAAAUAUGAGCACUGGCACGACCAAACCUCAGACCAAGAUCUGCAGACGACAGAAGCAGACAAAUUAUUCAAACUGUAUCAAUCCUCAAAAGUAAAUUAUUGUCAGUUGGGUCCUAAGGAGAGAAGCAAGUCGUAAAGUUACAAUCCUCUCGUAAUUAUUACCCAUGAGUUGCAAAAGUGUCUCAUGUUCCCUCCAAAAUUAGUACAUAUUAAGUGGACGUCGCUAAAUUAAAAAUGACAUAAUUCCUGUAAUAAAUAACGUAAAGCAAUUAUUUUUGCCUAUUUUUGCUACUUUUGUAAGAUUUGUAAAGCAGUCGGAAUUAUAAAGUGACUGUAAAACUGGAAGGUUCCUCUUUUUCCUCUAUUCUUAGCGUCUCAUAUUCCUGUUAGUGAAUCCGUUCUAGUGAAACCAAAAUAAACGCCCUUUUCUAAGCGUAAAGUUGACUGGGUCAAUAAUGAGUCAAUGAUUUGGUUAUAAAUAAAUACAUAUUUCACACGAACCAAUUCGUCAUAUAGUGAGACGAGUCUCACUUCAGUGCGGUCAGUCAUCUCUAAAAGUUGUAGAAAUUUGUCGUAUUAAUUGGGCAUCACUUUGUCCCAUCAUGAAUGCAUGUUUCAAGAAUUGGAGGUUCAUCGUCUUGGUGGGGUUGCCCCUGGUGCUCAUCCCACUUCUGCUGAUUGAUGAAGCAGAUGAACCAGGAAAGAAGUUUCGAUGUGCCUACGUCAUUCUACUCAUGGCCAUUUAUUGGAUGGUCGAAGCGAUUCCUUUAGCUGUCACUGCUUUUCUUCCCAUCGUACUUUUCCCACUUUUUGGUGUACAAGAUACAGCGAGUGUUUCCAAAAAUUACAUGAAAGAAACAAAUAUGAUGUUUGUCGGUGGAUUGAUCAUAGCUUUGGCAGUGGAAUAUUGCAAUUUACACAAAAGAGUCGCACUACGUGUCCUCACCAUCGUGGGAUCGUCGCCUAUAAGGUUGAUGCUUGGAAUUAUGUUUACAACGGCAUUCUUGUCCAUGUGGAUCUCAAAUACAGCAACGACAGCAAUGAUGGUUCCAAUCGUUUUGCAGAUUGUGAAGACGAGCAGAGUGGAUGUAAAAGAGGAGGAGGAAUCAGCUUCCUACGGGGCAAUAAAGCCAUCGAAUCUCAAAACCUACUUGGAAAAUGAUCAACGAAAGUCUCGCUCUGGAGACUUGAGCAUGAUUUCGUCCAGCGAUUUGGACCUCGAACAUGACAAUGUAAACAGUACAAACAAAAACUUUGACUCCAGUCUCCAAUUAGCAAGUAGCACUGCUACCAUCGCCGUUGAUGAUUCCAGCGACAAUAACUCCACCAUUGAUAAGCUCGACUCUGACAUUCCCACAUCACAAAAGUCUGCCGACGAGACUUUGAAAAUGACGAGAGCGUUUCUGAUCGGAGUGAUGGCAGCAGCGAAUAUUGGUGGGGUCAUGUGGCCUUACACGGCCCACUCGUCAAUUCCCUUGUACAAGUACACGUCAGGCCCUUACGACAGCUUCCUUAGCAAAAAAUUUCCAACGUCCAUGAAGCACUUAAGGGUGAACAUUGGUCAGGAUGGGAAAUACACGGAUUUGACAUUUGCGACCUGGAUGGCAUUCAACGUACCUCCAAUGAUCGUUAACAUCAUCAUCGCCUGGAUGUACCUCGUUGUGAUUUACUUCGGGCUCCCAGGAAGUAAAAAGAGCAAGAGUUUGAGUUUAGGAAAUCGUAAAAGUGUUGAGCGUCUUUUGAAGGAAAAGUAUCGAGCUUUGGGGCCAAUGACGUUUCAUGAAAUUGCCGUCUUAAUUCUCUUCAUUUUUGUGGUUUUACUGUGGCUUUUCCGACAACCGAAAUUCAUUGAGGGAUGGGCAGACUUACUUCCGGGGGCUGAAAUUGGCGACUCGACGGCUGCCAUGUUGGUUGUUUUUCUACUCUUCGUGAUUCCGAAAGAUUACAAUUUCCUCCGUCAAGGAAAGGGAAAAGUUGAAGCGUUGCUGGAUUGGAAGUUUGUCCAAAGUAAUUUGCCAUGGGGCGUGGUCUUGCUCAUGGGUGGAGGAUUUGCUUUGUCGGAUGCUUCAGACGUCUCAGGUCUAUCAGCCUGGAUUGGCGAACACUUGAACAGCCUUAAGGAUUUGAAUCAAGUUCUCAUGCUUUUCAUCGUCAUGAUUAUGACCGCAUCAAUUACUGAAGUUGCAUCCAACACUGCCUGCGCCAACGUGCUCAUCCCCAUUCUCAUCUCGCUGUCCCGACGACUUAACAUUCAUCCCCUGUAUUUGACCCUUCCUGCAACGGUGACCUGCUCGUACGCCUUCAUGCUUCCAGUCGCGACCCCUCCAAAUGCAAUUGUAUUCGCUGCCGGAAAUAUGAAGAUUUGGGAAAUGGUAAAAUCCGGAGCGUUUUUGAACCUUUCAUGCGUCGUGGUAUUACUACUUUUUAAUAUUUCUUAUGGAAACUUAAUAUUUAACUAUAAUAAUUAUGAGUACCCUUCACUUGAUAAUUCCACUGAGAUUAUGCCCAUGCUUUUAUAACCCAACGAAUAAUACUAAUCUAAAGUUUUAUGGAAUGUUUAUGUUAAAUAAAUAUAAUAAAACAACGUUACAAACUGAACAAGUUUUUUUAGGUAUAAA